AUGGCGUUUAAGUUCGUCGCAUUCGCAACACUGAUCGCUGCCGCCAGCGCAGGGCUACUUCCGGUUGCUCAUCAUGGAGCCAUCGCGACGUCCCACUCCAGCAUCCAGCACCACUCGGCUCCAGCUGUCCACUACCACGGUGAUCUCCAUGCUUCACCCGCCGUCUACCACCAUGCUCCGGCCAUCGUCAAGACCAUCGCCCAACCGACGAUCGUCAAGUCCGUAGAGCACCACGCCCCGGCCAACUACGAGUUCUCCUACUCCGUCCAUGAUGAGCACACCGGAGACAUCAAAAGCCAGCACGAAACCCGUCACGGAGAUGAAGUGCACGGUCAGUACUCGCUGCUGGACUCCGAUGGCCACCACCGCAUCGUCGACUACCAUGCCGACCACCACUCAGGAUUCAACGCCGUCGUGCGCCGUGAGCCCACCAAUGUGAAGGUCCUCCAGCCAGUGCACAAAGUGAUCGCUCAACCAGUGCAUGUCCAUGCUCACCAUGCUGCCCCGAUCGCUCAUCAUGUUGCUCCCGUCGCCCACGCUACCUACCAACACCAUCACGCCGCCCCGAUCGCCCACCAUGCCAUUCCGGUCGCUCAUGCUACCAUCCAGCAUCACCACGCGGCUCCUAUUGCCCACUACGCCGCGCCGAUCGCUCAUCAUGCCGCUCCGAUUGCGCAUUCGUCGUCGAGCAUCGUGCACGGCCAUAACCACCUGAGCCAUCACCAUUACUAA